UGUGAUGUCACUGCGCGCUGUGGUUUGUCGCUCCCCGUGUGUCGAGCCCAUCAGGCUCAUAUAGUGUAGUGACACCGGCCCUCCUCGUGCACUUCCCCCUUUAUAAAGCCAGAAGAAUACCCCGGAAGAACAAUAGACUUUAUUAAAACUCUGCGCGCGCUCGUCCUGAGACAUGGCGGGUAAAACUGUACGGAUCAUCAUCGCAGACUCACUGGAGGACCUGAGCCCGGAGAACCUCGACAAAUUCCGGGUGAGACUGCGGGAGAGGAAGGACGAUGGAGCGCGCAUCAGACGAGCCCAGGUGGACGGCAAGAGCCCCCUGGAGCUCGCAGACCUCCUGGUGGAAAGGUUCACUCGGGACAGGGCUGUGUCCGUGGCGGUGGAGCUGCUCCGGGCCAUGGGCUGUUCCGAGGUAGCGAAGGAGCUGGAGGAAGAGGCGAAAGACGUGUUACAACCUGCCUCAACUGGACAAGACUCUGGAGCAUCUCCUGGCCCUGGAGCGUCUGCUGCACCAGACACACACAGAGCUGCAGCUGAAGAUGAACACUUUGUGGACAGACAUCGCAAACAGCUGACUGACCGAGUGAGCAACAUAAACCCUGUUCUGGACGAGCUUCUGGUCAGUGGUGUCUUGAGCUCGGAGCAGUACUCCACGGUCCGAGCGAUCAGGCCCACACAGGAACAGAUGAGGUUUCUGUAUGAGGGACCUCUGAAGUCUGGAGGAAAGCGCAGCAAAGACCAGCUCCUGUCUGCACUGGAGGAUCAGGAGAAGUAUCUGAUCGAAGACCUGAGGGAGGGACAGAGCUAGACCUGCUCCCAUCUACUCCUGUCUGCUCCCGCCUGCGCUGGAGCAGCCAAGAGAGAGUCCUCAGCACAGGGCUGAGUUCACAAGUAAGAUAACAGUUAAAGAUGCAUGGACUAUCUUUUCUGGUGAAGUUACGCCACCUGCUGGUCUCCAUGAUGUAUUGUUUACUUUUAGAGGUGGUUAAGUAUCCAAAAUUUGUAGAUAUGUUACUUCAAAAUAAUAUUACUCAAGUAGAAGUACAAAGUAGUGGUUAAAGAAGAAGAAGUACUACUUGAGUAAGAGUAACUGAUGUAAUUUUAAGGAUAAAAUAUGAAAUAAAUUGCAAAAUGUGGUAUUUUCAAACAGACACAAUAACGUACAAACUAAAUCUAAUUUCAUAUUGUCAACAUAAAGCUUUUGUCACUUCAGACUUACUCACAGUGGGAAGAGGAACCACAACUUUUACCCUUGUAAGAGUACUGUUACUUCAGUACAAAUAUGACUCAAGUAGGAGUGAAAGUCUGCUGCUGAAGUACUCUGAAAAGUAUAAUUUCUUUAAAAAGUGACUCAAUUAAACGUAACUGAGUAGCACCCACUUACUUUUUCCACUUACUUUGAAUCAUGGCAUUACAUUUUUCAUUCAUGGAGUCAAACAAGUGAUGCCACCAGGCAAAGUUACAGGUCAGAUCAGUGGAAAGGCAACUCGGCUUAUAAUACAGAUGCAUGCUUUUAAGCGAUAAUAAUACCUGUAAUUGAACAAAUGCAAGAUAUGCAAGUGCCGUGAAUGCAAGAAAUAUAUUUGAACAUUUUGGGCAAAGCUAGAACAUCUCCAUGGAUACAAGCAUGUGGCAGACCCUAUACUAGAAAAGUUAUGUAGUGCAUCUUUAAUGUUUUGAUAGUGACACUACUGACAUUAUCUGAAUGUGAACAAUGUCAUUUAUACAUUUAUAUUUUUAGAGAUUACUGUCCCGGUGCUAUAUCUAAAAGACCAAAACACGAGUGUUGUACCAAAUGGGAUGGGACUAAAAUGUUAU